AGACUAAAACCUCUUAAACUUUUGUUUGAAUUAUUUAUUAUACUGAUGAAUAAUCCUCAAAUAUUCAUGGCUUAAGUCUUAAUUUUCUCUCUGAUGAUUUUUGAAUGGUAACAUAAUCUGUAUAUACACUAAACUUCAGCCUUAAUUGCUGAAAAAAUUUAUUAUUAUUUAUUUAUUUGUUAUAUUGAAAAGAGAAUUUGGUGCCAUUUUUUGAAAAGAGAGAAAAAAUGGAAGACAGAGCAGAGUUGGACUCCAUCCUGCCGUAUCUUCCAUUACUAAUUGGAUCUUCCAGGCGUCUGUUAUGGCCAUCCAAAGUGGUAGAGGCUCUCGAGGCCAUGUCCAAAGGUCCUGAUCACAGCCAAGUCAACUCUGGCCAGGUGCUCUCCAUCGCCAUUUCCGACAUGAGAGCUUCUCUCUCCCUCCGUGACCCUCUCGCUCCCUUUUCCCCCCAAGGUUACUCUCUCUUCUUCGAUGAGCUCUUGACUGCGGCAGACUCCACAAAAUGGUUUGCAGAGGUUAUCCCACCGCUGGCCAAUCUGCUGUUGCGGUUGCCAUCCCUUCUAGACUUUCACUAUCAAAAUAUGCAGGCGUAUGGAUACGGUCUCCGCAUCUUGGGUCCGCAGCAACCUGGCAUGGUGCUUCUGUCCCAGGAGUUGAUCGGCGCUCUACUUGCAUGCUCUUUGUUUUGUUUGUUUCCAGUCUCAAAUAGAGGUGUAAAGCAUCUUCCAACCAUCAACUUUGAUCAAUUGUUUGUGAGUCUCUAUGAAAGUUACAGCGAGAAGCAGGAAAACAAAGUAAGGUGCAUCGUGCACUAUUUCCAAAGGAUAUGUUCACAAAUGCCUACAGGCUUUGUCUCAUUUGAGCGCAAGCUUCUCUCUUUAGAAAAUCAUCCUUCGCAAUCAUCUGCUUCUUAUCCAAAUGCUGAUUUUUGGACCAAAUCAACUCUCUCCCUCUGCCCUUUUCAGGUUUACAGCUCAGGCUUGAUAGAAGAUCACUCUACUGGGGCUCUUGAAGUGGAUUUUGCAAAUAAAUAUCUUGGAGGUGGUGCUCUACAUAGGGGCUGUGUGCAGGAAGAAAUUCGCUUCAUGAUCAGUCCUGAGUUGAUUGCUGGCAUGCUUUUCUUGCCUUCCAUGGCAGACAAUGAGGCUAUAGAAAUUGUUGGAGCAGAGAGGUUCUCAGACUAUACAGGAUAUGCCUUUUCAUUUCGGUUUUCUGGUGACUAUGUGGACAAAAGGAGUGUUGACUUCCUUGGAAGACGUAAAACUAGAAUUGUUGCUAUAGAUGCGCUAUGCAGUCCAAGAAUGAAUCAGUACAAGCUUAAGUACCUUCUUCGGGAGACUAAUAAGGCUUUCUGUGGCUUUUUGGACCAAUCAAAUUAUAGCCAGUACAAGAGACACUUUCAAGAUAAUGGACUCAGUGCAGGUCAGCUUCAUCAAGAUAACAAACAUGAUGGUGACAUAUCCAGGAAUGAAGUUUUGUUAAAUGAGGCUCCCUCUACGUCUAAUGAAACAAAUGAAGGAGGAUCAAGGAUGGAGGUGGUCAGAAAGUCUGAUGAGAAAGGUGGUCAAUUUAUGGACCCCGAAAAUUUUAUUGGGAUAGCAACGGGGAAUUGGGGCUGUGGUGCAUUUGGAGGAGAUCCUGAACUAAAGACCAUAAUUCAGUGGCUUGCUGCUUCUCAGGCUUUAAGACCUUUCAUUUCAUACUACACUUUUGGUCUUGAUGCACUGCAAAGUCUUGCUCAGGUGAGUCAAUGGAUUCUUUUGCAUAAAUGGAAUGUUGGAGACCUCUGGAAUAUGUUGAUAGAAUAUUCAUCCCAGAAAUCGAAAGGAGAAACAAACCUUGGCUUUUUCGCUUGGCUUCUUCCUUCACUGCCUCACUGUGAGGCGGCUGACCCGGCCAACUAAUAAAUUGUAAUGUUUUGGAUAAUUGAAUCUGAGUUUAUGCCCGCCAUUUUUCUGUAUGAGAGUAUCUGGUUGUUAGUAUUUGCGAGAAUUUAGUUCUAUAUCUCUGUUGUAGCUGCUGCGUGGUGCCUCCUUAGUUCUGAAUCUCUUUUGUAGUUAAUAUAUAUAUACUUGUUGGUGCUGUUGUAGUUAAUGUAUGGUUCCUGUCAUCCGUCCUUCCUCAGCAUCAUCCAGAACUACAUUUAGGAUAUAGGGAGGAGCUAUUUAUCUACACUAAAUUGAUUUGCCCAUAACGAUGCAUUUUCCAGAAAUUACCUCAAGCAAAAGGUUUUUCCGUGAUGGAAGUCAAAGACAAACGGCUUCUAACUGUUUGAGCCAUAACCAGGACAAGCAGGCACGAUUCUGGUCAAAUGACUUGAUGCCAAGAUGAUGCGUGAUCUGGUGCUUGAGAGUCUCUCCCCCUUUUCCUCUCUGUGGGUCAAGUCAACCCUCAUUCCUACCGCUACCAACCAGUAAAGAGUCUAAGUUGCCAGUACCAAGUUCGUGUGCAGAAUGAUGCUUAGAUGACCAUCAACAAACACCUUCAUCGUUUGCAUUCUUCUCUUUUUGCUCGGUGCUAUGCUAAACAAUUGGUAAGCGCAACUUAAGGUACGUAUCUAAUUUGUAAUCUACAGUCAAACUUGAAUAUUAUGCUGCUAGUUUGUGUCAGAAUUUAUAUAGAGUACUAGUAUUAGUUUAGACGAAGAAAUUAAUGAAAUUGAUCAGUGAUGAUAUGUCAAUGUUAUCCAUGGUUACUGGACAAUCUUAAUUUGAUCCUUAAAAAUAACUUUAUUUUGAGUAUUUGUAAGGAGAUAUUGCAGUGAACAGCUACAAUGCCCACUUCAUCAUAUAAUUGAAGGUAUCAUUAUCAUAAAUAGAGUAGCUGUUUAAGAGGUUUAUCUUGCUAUAUUAUUUCACAGCACAAAGUUUGCAUGGUGCAUGGCAGGAAGGAAUCAUCCACGCUUAUUGCAUCUCAAACAUGAACCCCAGAAUUUGAUUUCUGGGACAUUAUUUUUUUCAUUUAAUCUGUGAGAUCAGUCAAGGGGGUUAAAGGGUGCUGCUUGCAGCUACAAAUUAAUGCAUGGAUUGGAAAUUUUUUCCACAAGUUUUUGGAACCCGAAACCAAGUGAAUUUGUAUGCUGAAAUGAGAAUGGAACAACCACAACAGGAAUGAUUGAAAAAUAAGUUGAAAUGAGAACGGAACUGCUCUGAGUCUAUACUUGACAGGGGUCAUCCUCUUUCUUCCAUGACAAGCCAAAGGACCUUUCGUGACAAUCUUAGGUUCCAUCCAAACCAGAACGGCUAAGAGGAAAAUUUGUAACGAAUCUCAGUGAUAUUACAGAAAUGGUCAAUUUGCAGAGAUUUAAAUUGAGAAGCAAAGGGUUCAUUCAUGUGAGAUCUCAGAAGGAGAAAAUUUCAGAAAAUGAAAAGUGCCAAGAAGAACAAGUAUAACACAAACAUGGAAGACAUAUGAGUACCUAACAAAAAGAAAUUAAGGUUCAAAAGAAUGAUACUCAAAAUGCUGACAAUGUUGUAAUAAUCUGUCAGAAACAACUAGAUUGGAGGAUGAAUAAUAUUGGUGAAUGAAAGAAAACAUUACAAGUU